UCUGGCUGGUCUCGCUCGCAGCCACUCACUCAGUCGGACGCGAUCGCUCGUUGCUCUCGGUCGUGUUCAAAGAGUUGCGGCAGAGAGAAAGAGAUCGUGUACCUUUCCUUCCUCCGAAUACCAUAACAGGUGGUUCUCCAGUCGCGCGCGAAAAUGCGCAAUUCCGAAAACGUCUUCGUCCGUUUCUUCCUGAUGGCCUUCGCCGUCCGAAUGGCAUUCGCCAGGUCAGCGAGGUGGUCGGGGUCCGGCGCCUUUUCGGACGAGUGCCGCCAAGAGGCGAUGCUCAAGUGCUCGGCCAUCAGCGGCUCCAGCGAUCUCAACUUCAUCACAAACAAGCAGGAGCUUGACCUUCAAUGCCCGCAACUGAUUGCCGGGCUCAAGUGUAUCGACAACUUCACCCUGAACUGCAUGACGCCGCAAGAGCGCAAUUACUUCAUCCAACUGUACGCGGGCACGAACGCCGUCAUCCAGGAUCUCUGCACCGAGGGCAGCUACCAGAAAGAAUUUUUGCGGCACGCUCCGUGCAUAAGAGACGUUCGCUCCGACUUUGGGGUUUGCGCCCGAGACUACGAGGAGAAGCUGCAGCUGAUCAACGCGCAGGCCAACGAAAGUCUCAUGUCAUCCACUUCCAACAACGAGGCGCAAAUGCGGGCGCUCUGCUGCUCCUUCCAAACUUAUGUGGGCUGCUCGCAAGACGUGGUGUCCUCAAGGUGCGGCACUGAGUCAGCAAACUUCACCCACCACAUUUUCAACCGCAUGGGCAAUCCUUUCCUGGAUAAAUACUGCAAGAAAUAUUCCGACAACUGUCCAACGAGCGGCGGGUGGGUGUCCCGGACGAGCCACGCGCUGCUGGCUUCGAGUCUGCUGCUGGUCGGUCUGAGCCGCCUCGUCCUGGGGUCGAGCAGCUGAAAACUGCCCAGGGCCAAAGUGGUGUGCCUUGGAGGACAGCGGCGCCACGUCCAACCAACCAACCGCCAGCCAGAGGAGCGAACAAGCUGCUGUUCCGAGCAAGAGACUGGAAAUCAGACGCGAAUUUUCCUCAAUGGCUCAGGACGUCGGAGAGUGAAUGUGAUAUAGGUUCCUCAUACGUAUUUUACCGUCUGCGCUCUAAUCAGGAAAUUUAAAUACAUGUCAUUAAAAAAAAUACACAAGGGAAGAAAAUCUCUGACCAGCCUGAACCAAAAAUUCACGGUUUUUAAUAUAUUUAAUAAGGACUUUAAAACUGUUUAAAAAAUUGCAUAAUUUAUUCGAAGCGCCAUUAUUUUGUUUUCUGUUUGUAAUCGUAUAAUUAAAAUUAAUGCUGUUAUAGAGUGUCACAAGCACAUAACUUAGAGAGUUAACUAAUUCAAAGUCUGAUUAGUUGUAUACUUGUAUUUUUCAGCCGUUCAAAUUGCGUAUUUAAUUUCUACAUUAUUACUAUUAUUGCCCCUCGGAAAACCGAAAAAGUAUUGUCUGUCCACUUUUGCGUAGCAAACACACUCUAAUCUCAAAGACAUAAGUGCAUUGUUCCUGUUUGACACAAAAUGAAUGAAAUAUUUUUUUGCUCGUAUCAAUGGAAAUAAUGCAGCAAUUUUGAGGAUCAUAUAAUUUAUUAUUUGUAAUAGGUAGUUGCUCUAAUGUAUUCUUUGAUUGCUCACACACAUGCGUGUAAAAAUAGACAAAAAGAUUUAAAGAUGAUCAUCGUCGAUUACGGUUAUGUAUGCUACUGUGUAAUACAGCAAUGCUCAUCUUGUGAUGUGCGGCUGCCCUCAAUAGACCUCUUUAUAAUAAAAUUAUUUGAAAAUAGACCGGAAACAAGUGAUUUAAU